CUUCGUUUACUCCAGAUCAAGCUCACCAGGUCACACACACCCACAGGACACCGUGACUAUAAAUAUAAUAGUGAUCAGCAGCACCUGUCAACGCCAGUCAGAAUGAUCCAAGUGAAGAACGAAGAGGACUCUUUGCCUGAAAUGCCUGAUGUGGAGCCCAGCCAAGGACAGGGUCUCAUCAAGUUCCUGCCUGAGACUACAAAGAACCUGCCGUCUUUGUGUAUGACCAGCACGCAGCUACCACCACUGCUAUGUGACGGUCCUCUAUACUACGAGGAAAAGAUGUUACAAAAGUGGUAUAUAACACAACUGCCAGGAGAGACACAGAGAGGACACACUACAGAAAGAACGUGGCCCGCAGCGAGAGGCCUUCUGAACAACAUGGCAAUGGUGGAAAUGAAUAAUAGUACAACAUUCCCAGCCUGUUUUACUGACGCCAGUGGCACACCCACCGCCUCAACAAAUACCACACCGCCGCUCGUACCGGACUUGGAAACCAACCGCGUUGACGGACGUGUCUUUUGGGCCCCCACCCGCCACCCAGGUCACUCGGCUGACCUGCCAGCCUACCAGCUGCGUGACACCGGUUCCAGCUUCUCCCAAGAGUUUGCGGGGGACAGCAGUCACUGCUCCAUGGAACACUACAAAUUCUUGCUGAAGAGGGAGUCCCGCCUGACGAGGAACAGGAAAGCCGCCCGGGAGUGCAGACUCAAGAAGAAGGAAUACAUCAGAUCCCUCGAAGAACGCGCGAUCGCCCUUGAAAGUGUAAAUAACAUUCUGAGUAGGGAGCUUAAAGCCAUGAGAGACAUCUUCGGAGGCUAAGUUUAGGAAAACCUUUGAUUCUGCCUCCAUGGGUGGCUUGAGGAAUCUGGCUUUCCUGACACACAUGCACAAAAACUGCUUGUACUUAGUAUAAAAAUGUGUUUAUACAAUGAGGACAAUGUCUUUGGCUCUGACUUAUCAAGUGCGUCACCGAUACAGCACCAUCAGGUAAGGGUCAUUAGCUGUGGAGGCGCUUACGUGCCUUUGAACGGGGUUACUUCCAAAAGAUUACAGGUGAGAAAGAAGGAAUUCGUACAGGGAUUAGAGAGGCCCAACACUUUGCUGGAGACACAACCCAGGCUCACAUGGAGGGCUGGAGUACAACAGACAUCCAAACGUGCAACCUACACCUGACCCCAAGGCUUUUGCUGUUACCGGAACAACCCGCCUUCAUAAGCCAUUUUCCUUUGUAUUUUAUCUGUUACAGCCUUAAUAUUUAUUUGGGCAGAUUCAUCCUGUAUUUUUAAAUGUUUUCAUGUUUUGAAAACUGGU